UGACGCUCUUGACGUUUUAGUAAAAAAGUGACAUCUGUCAAAUAAACUAAAAUCGUCCGAUUAAAGAUCAAAUAAAUAUAAGUUUCAAAAAGAAAAUCUCUACCGGAUUCGAAGCUUUAUAUACCCAGAAAUACACGCAUCGAAAAUCGCGCAUAAAUGUAAUAAAAAAAACCCGCGCACGAACAUAACCUCAAAACCAAAAUCUCGCGUAGUAUCCUUCGCAUAGCUCCCCACGUAUUCUAUGAGCUCGCCGGACAGAAACCUGGUCCCGGACGACGCUUCAAGGACCAACCCGGAGGCUUCGUCAAGUGGUGAUAUCAAAAUCGGCGAAAGGGGCGAUUUAGACGGCCCUGACAACGAAAUGAAACGUGCAGCAGCUAAGAAGCUCAUCGAGAGAUAUUUCUAUCAGCUUAUAGAUGGUUGUGGCAACUCGAAUUGCAAUAAUAUUUAUUGUAGAUCUAGUGAAUCUUUUGUGUUUAAGGUAAAUACUUUGUCUGCUAACGAAGCAGCAGCUCAAGCUAUUCAAUUGUUUUCACAAGACGCAAGGCUUUGUGAGAGACAUCCAAACAAAAUGCCUAGAACACAUAGUCAAAUUAUGUUGAAUGCUAAAGGUGUGGAGAAAAGUUCGCCUACAACGGCUGAAACUGAUUUACCUAGUAAUGAUUUACAUUUAAAUUUGAAUACAGAACCUUCUUGUGCCAGCAGUGAAUUAAAAACAGAGGAAAGUAUACCUUAUUUGACGGAACAAAAAUGUUACGAGAUAAUAGACUUGUGUGAAGAAACGGGGAAAUAUGUCCCAUUAGUGAAAAUAUUAGGAGCUGUGUUUAGUAACAUGUCGAAACUGUCGAAUAGUUUCUUACAAAACGAUAUGAAUUCGCCAAUUGAUGCAAUGUUAGACAAAACAAAUGCUGAUUUAACAACAUUAAAAAAAGAAGAUGUGCGUUCGUUAGAAGGCGAAAAGGAUAAAGAUGAAGAUAGUUGUGUAUCUCCGUCCGCAGGCGGAGAAUCUAGAAAAACAAUUCCCAUUGUUGACUUACCCUCAGUAAGAAGAGCUUAUCGAGCCCUAUUUAAAUUAAAUACAACACAUUUCGAAGGUUCAUUAGUAACCGCCCUAGUUACUUUAGCCUCCGUUUUAGAAAUUGAACUAAAAGCAAAAUUCAUCAAUUUUACCAGCGAUGAAAUCAUCAACAUCAUCCUAAUUGUAUUCGAAAUUCCCGCUCUGGGUACAGGCGAUUUUGUCGAAAUGGCGCUUCCAAUGCUUUGUAGAGCUUUAGAACACUUAUCUUUAGAUUUACAAGCGAAAUUAGCGCUCGCUUGGUCGGGACCCGGACGAAGUAAUAUGCAAAAUAUCUUGGAGAAUUUACAACAAUUAAUUACAUUGAGGGUUAUCACCGGUUUUAAUACUUAUACGCAAGAUGUUCAAGAUGAUACUGUUGUGACGUCGGCUACGAAAUUAAUGAAAAUUUUAUAUUACGCAAACAUUUUAGCUGGAGUUAUGGAAUCGCCUGAUUUACGAGAGGAAUACGAUGAUUUGAAAUUAUCAAAAACUAGUUAUCCGAUCGAUCCAUUAGCUACAAUGCUUGGUGUGAACGUUUUGGAUAGUCGAAAACCGUUUAUACCGUUUAGCGAGUUUUAUAACGAACCAUUGAGCGAUACGGUUGAGAUGGAUAGAGAUUUUGCUAAUUUUAAGAGUGAUUUGGGAAAAUUCAGUUUUAUGACGUAUUCAUUUAUUUUAACGCCGCCAACGAAAACGUUAGGAUUGUACUUUGAUAAUCGGAUACGAAUGUUUGAUAAUAGGAGAAUAAGUUUUAUGCAAAGUGUUAUUGGACAACCGUCAAAUCCAUAUUUGAGAUUAAAAGUUAGGAGGGAUCAUAUUAUUGACGACGCUUUAGUUGAGUUGGAGAUGAUUGCAAUGGAAAACCCGAUCGAUUUAAAAAAGCAACUCGUCGUGGAGUUUGAAAACGAGCAAGGAAUCGAUGAGGGAGGUGUUUCAAAGGAAUUCUUCCAAUUAGUAAUAGAAGAAAUUUUUAAUCCUGAUUAUGCAAUGUUCACCUAUCAACAAGACUCACAAACCGUUUGGUUUAACCCAACCAGUUUUGAAAACGAAGCUCAAUUCACACUCAUCGGAAUCGUUUUGGGUUUGGCCAUUUAUAACAACAUCAUUUUAGCAGUUAAUUUCCCCAUGGUACUUUACCGGAAGUUAAUGGGAAAAAGGGGGUCGUUUGAAGAUUUAUCUGAAUGGAAUCCGACUCUAUAUAAUAGUUUAAAACAAAUGUUGGAAUAUAAUGAACCGGAUUUAGAAGAUGUUUUUAUGCAAACUUUUAGAAUAAGUUAUCAAGACGUUUUUGGAGGAUUAAUUAAUCAUGACUUAAAAGAAAAUGGUGAUCAGGUUGCUGUGACUCAAACAAAUAAAUUUGAGUUUGUAGAAAUGUACGCAGAUUUCCUAUUAAAUAAAUCAGUCGAAAAACAAUUUCGUGCCUUUUAUAAAGGCUUCCAAAUGGUAACUGAUGAGUCACCAUUAGAGUUACUGUUCCGUCCGGAAGAAGUCGAAUUAUUAAUAUGUGGUAGUAAAACGUUCAAUUUCAACAGUUUGGAGCAAGCAACGGAAUACGACGGGGGAUACACAAGUGAUUCGCCGAUCAUUAAACAUUUCUGGUCGGUCGUACACGCGUUCUCGAUAGAAGAAAAACGAAAAUUAUUGCAAUUUACGACCGGAUCGGAUCGAGUCCCGAUCGGGGGAUUGAGCAAAUUAAAACUGGUCAUUGCAAAAAAUGGGCCGGAUUCGGACCGGUUACCAACCGCUCACACGUGUUUCAACGUGCUUUUAUUGCCAGAGUAUUCGUCGAAAGAAAAAUUGAAAGAUCGAUUAGUGAAAGCGAUCAAUUAUUAUCAAGGUUUUGGUAUGUUAUAAUAAACGUGAAAGAAAUGUGUCGAGUUUUCGUUGUGUGUACAUAAAGAGACAGUACAGACACGUUCUUUUAUUAAUUUUCACCGCUCACUAUUAAGUUUACGUUUCUUUCUUUCACUGUAUGUUCUUUAUGAACUAAUUAUUGUGUAUGGUUAAAAAAAAAUUGGAGUCAUAAAAAACAUGAUUAAUAAUUAA